AUGACGGCCGUAACUGAUAUCAUCGAUGAAUUGAAUGAUUCGAGUCUUUCUUCUACAAGGCUUCGAGAGUUGUGUCUCCAGUUACGAAAGAAGACAGAUACUGGAUGUGCAAUUACGGUGUCCGAUGAGGUCAACCUUAUUGAAUCUCUCUCAUAUCACUCCAUAUCUCCAGGAGUAGACAUACAAAUCAACACAGAUGUUUUGCAGACUAUAGAUUACUACUUUCAGCGUAACAAAAGUGAACAUGACGAAAUUAUGUGCGUCCUUAUUUCUAAGUUACAGCCACUACUUUUAAAACGCAAAAGCAACUUCGAACUCAAAGAGCAACGUAAUCUUGGUCUCAAACCCACGCUUGGAAUGUCUUUGAAAGAAGAUAACCUAAUGCAGGCGUGGGUAAGUCAGGGUGGCUUGAAAGGCAUUCCGUUAUUCUACGUAAUUCUGUUACAUUUGAAAAGGAGAGACAUAUCUACGAAUCUUUCUUGGAUUAUUCCAGGAAUUCUAAACAUACUAGAUGAUACCACUGAUAUAAGAAGAAUUAAACUUCGUGGUGUUCUGCUCCUACAGACGCUAUUAAAUCAUACCUUUAUGAACGAAACCAAUGACUCAAAAUGGAUACAGUUCUCUAGUACUGGUUUAUUUCCACUGUUCGAAAAGACGCUAAUCAAUAUGUGCUAUUUUCUCCCUCCCUCAUACAAUGCUGAUGAAACAAUAGCCAUAUGGCGGGUCGUUUUCCCAACGAUACAGUCGUUAUAUAAAGUAGAAUUUUUGGACAAUUACACAAAGUAUCAAUAUCACCUGGAAAAGUUCAUGUCAGAGAUAAUCUUGCAAAACAUAAUUCCUAGGGCUAGCCUUGCAUACGAAAAUUUGACGUUAUACGCAUUGGAAUGCACAAUGAACAUACUGAGACUUCAAAGAGAAGGGUCUGUUGUACAUCUCCAGAGGCUGAUUUUUGUUUUAGGUGAAUAUAUUGUACGAAAUCCUUUUUACACAACUUUUCCAAAACUUAUUUCAAAAACUCUUUCAGUGGUAAGUACUCUCAUAAAGGUUUGCCCGAAUGAAAGAAUAGUGGCUCACAGAUUCGACAUUUUAUCAUUAAUUCUAGUUACAUACGAUAAGUGUUCGCAAGAGGAUGCGUUGAACGAAUCAAUACUACAACAAUGUAAGGAAACGAUAAGCUGGUUGCUGAAUUGUGACUGCGCUAUGGGUGAACAGUUAUCGACUCUAUCUAAGCAACCGCGGUUUCAGUUACUUUUUGAGUUCUCAUAG